AUGGCAGCAAGACACGGACAGCGACAAGCACAACCACGAAGUAGGCAAUACACUAUUAUAAUGGCUGAAUCAGCCCACCUAUUAUGGAAGCUGCGAUGCGACAGGGUCAUCAACCGCGAAGGCGAAACCCUUAACUCCACGGAAAUCAAAAAUAAAUUCAUCGCCAUGAUGAAUCAACGCCUCAGACUGGACGUCGCAAUGUGCAACCCAAGAUACGGUAAGAAAGCCACAAGCACCUGGAUGGUGCAGGAAACAUGGAGGGGCACACUGAAAAAUGAGACGAAGCUCCCGUGGGAAUGGAUCAAGAACAGCAGAGGAGUUUUAGUGGGUAUUGAUCCAGUUAAGGAUGAUGGCAGAGCCAGAGGUAGGACGAACUACCACACGCCCAUCACCUGA